AUGAAACUUAAACUGUUUUUGAGCCGUACGAUCCGAACGUUUAAAGCCGCGUUUAAGCAUAAUUUAAAACCUAAAUUCGGUAAUUCCAAUAGUUUAGCCCAACUUGUAGAUAAUGAAAUUCCACUCUCCCAAAUGGAUGUACCUGCAAAUCAACUAUCGGGAACAGGCACAAGAUCUGCAUCAAAUGCGAUUACAAACUCUAUGAGACAAUUCCGACAUCAUAAACAACGAGUCAAUGCAAAUGAUUCGAAUAAUGAGGACGAUAAUUUAGGUAAUAUGGAUUACCUGGCAGAUGAUAUAGAUGAUCCGGAUGUAGUUGUGGUCGGUAACACUGAAGUGGUAGCUGCAGUAGCCGCAAUUGCAGCAACAAACCGUGCGCGUGAAAGACACAAUCUUUCUGGCAGUUACAAUAAUUUAUUUAACGCUGAAUAUGACACAAACAUAUCGCCCACAUCACCAAUUAGUGAUACGUCAAUUGCAAUAGAUCCAUUGUCAGUUGAUGACGCACAACGCAUCUCUAAUCAGAUUUCACCCACCGCAAAAGUUUUACUGGCAGCUGCUGCAGCAGAACAACAACAUCAUAGCAACCACAGAUUAGCCAAAUCCAUAUCACAAACAGAAAAUAUGUACUGCAAUGUGCCGAAUGUAGCUGUAGUGGAUCAAGAAAAUCAUAUAGUGAAUAAUACAAACGAUUCCGCUGCUUUGCAUGUUUAUUCGAAUUUAAUAGAUGAAAGGCACCAACAACAACAACAAAACUUGCCGGAGCAGCAGCAGACACAACAUAUCGUGAACACAACAGCUGUGCUACCUUCCACAUUGCUAAGUGAUGAUCUCGAUUUGGAUGAUCCAGUCAGUGCGUCUUUUGUCGCUAAUGUCAAUAGCAAUUCAACACAAACACGUCAUUUUACGAAACGUAAAAACAACAUUGGGACAGAAGUUAAGCCUGCCGCUGAUGUGGCCGAAUUGGUGGUCACUAAUAAAAUGUAUACUUCAAGUGGUCAUGUGACCAACGAUACCUUAUCACCGAGUCGUUUGCGUUUAUUGCACGAUACUACUAUGAUUGACACCGCUCUUGAUUUAGACAGUCUAGAUGGUUCGUCGUUGGGCAACAACUCACAGACUUGCCUGGUCAAAACAGUGCAAACUAAAAAAACAUAAUUAAAAUGCUAAUGAAGUCCUUAAAGCUCUUCAGCCAAGUUUAGUAAACCUAAUAGCUGCCUCAAACGGAUAUAAGCGUUUUUGCAUGUUAACGCGAUUUUAUUUUAAAAACUCUUGUACAUACUUGCCUUGCCGCAUUAGUUUUAUUAAUAAUUUAUAAAAAUAUUUUAAGGUUUUUAAUUUACUGUUGAUCUUAA